AUGUUACCUUUAUCAUUACUUCGAACAGCUCAGAACCACCCGAUGCUAGUUGAAUUAAAGAAUGGCGAAACUUACAAUGGACAUCUUGUUAGUUGCGAUAAUUGGAUGAAUAUUAACCUCAGAGAAGUUAUUUGCACAUCCAGAGAUGGUGAUAAGUUCUGGAGGAUGCCAGAAUGCUACAUAAGAGGGAGUACGAUCAAAUAUUUACGAAUUCCUGACGAAGUCAUUGACAUGGUGAAAGAAGAGACUCAGGUUAAGUCUAGAAGUCGUAGUGAAGUCCAAAAGGGCCGUGGUGGUGGUCAGAAUAUGAGGACCGGUAGAGGAGGAAACCGAGGUGCUUUUGGUAACCGUGGACGUCCAGCGCCUUUGGCAGGACGAGGCGGUGGUAAUCAAGGCAGAAAUCCAAAUCAGAAUAAAAAGAAAUAG